CGAGCACUCGCAAGAGUCCACCUCAUACGCAGCUGCCCCCAAUGGCUGACCGGGAGGCACGACCGUCGACUGACGAAGAGUCAGCUCCUCUUCUCGACGAUAGGAAUGAUCCCAAUAUUGAGAACAGCAACCGACCCUUCACAGAACGCGUCGGAAAUGCUCUACAUGAACCACUCACCAUUCUCAACCAGAUUUUACUUGUUCUCAUCCUCCUCAUGCUGCUCCUUGCCGCUGUGUUCAUCGGCCUCUUCGCCGGGGCGCAGCAUAAGCUUCACACAAGACCUGAAGUUCCUGAAGGUACCGUGACAGCUACAACUACAGCUACUGCAACUACGGCCAUCCCAACCACUGUCAUAGGAACUAUUACUACCACCACCACUGCGACUGCGACCACUGUAAUACCUGCUCCUGUACCCACAGGUCCCCCUGCCGAGACCAAAUGUCUCACGCCACAGUGUGUGCUGCUAUCUGCGCGAAUUCUGUCUUCACUCGACACUAGCCAAGAUCCUUGCGAGAACUUCUACGAUUAUGCUUCUGGCGGCUGGCGCAAGGCACACCCACUACCUGCCGAUAAGGGACGCUUCGCCACAUUCAACCAGCUCUUCCAAGAGAACCAACAGAUUGUCCGCGACAUCCUCGAGAGAGAACACUCCGAGUACACUGCCGCAUUCAAGUCUACUGAUGACGAAGAAUUGCUUAAGAAGCUUCGUGACUUGUACACCUCCUGCAUGGAUGAAGAUACUCUGGACGAAUAUGGAGAGAGUCCUCUUAGGGAAUUCUCCCUUAAUCUCAAGAAGUUGUUCAGAGGCAAGAAGACAGACACCGGUCGUGCUCCCGAACACAAUGAAGACUUGAAGAGCAAAACUGCUGGUAUUACUGCCGCCAUCAGUUUCUUGCACACUCGUGGUAUUCCGGGCUUGUUUGACUUCGGUGUCGAGGGCGAUGCGGCUGUCGAUCCAAACUUUAUGAUGCUUUGGUUCAGCCAACCCGAACUAGGCCUUCCCUCCAAGGAAUACUUUGAGGAAGAAUCCAUCAUCGAAGUCUACACAGACGUCCUCACCCGUCUCCUACUCGUCCAGUACGAGAAUGACGACGACCUCUUUGGGCCAGAACAGAGUCCGGAACAUGAUCAUCUCAUCGUCAACGAAGAUGCUGACAAUGUUUGGCCUCCCUGGCCCUGGCCUCCGUGGGGUGGUGACGAUGAUGGUGACAGGAGGGAUCCCAAGGACCCCAAGAAGGAGGUUCCGAUCCUGGCUGACCAAGUUGUGAAGUUUGAGAAACGGAUUGCCAACGCUAGCUUGGACUUGGAUGUCCUUCAAGGCGAUCCCGUCGGAACGUACAACAAAGUCCCCAUUUCGAACCUCACGACCACACUUCCCCAGUUCAACUUCGAUACCUAUUUCGCGGCCUUUAAGCUUGAUAAUGAUCCCGAAGAGAUCAUUGUGACGUCGCCAGAAUUCAUGGUAUCGCUCUCGCAUAUCAUCAACACCACAGACUCAAGGGUUAUCGAGGCAUACCUUGUCUCGAGAGCCGCUCUUGCUCUUGCUCCCCAUUUGGGCAUGUCCACUGAGUCUUGGAAGGCGAACCGUCGUCUUACAGAAGUUUUGAACGGAAUAAAGCCCGGUGCUGUCGGUGACCGGGGAGAAUUCUGUGUAAACCAAGUAGACUCUGCACUCGGCUUCGCCACUGGACGUUUCUUCGUCAACGAGGCAUUCGGUGGUGACUCACAGACCAAGGCUACGAAUGUCAUCAAAGAUAUCAUCCAGGCGUUCAAGCGAUCGCUCAAGAGUAUCGCUUGGAUGGACGAGGAAUCUGCGCAGGCUGCAGCUGACAAGGCUGAAGCCCUCGCGAUCAAAGUCGGCUUCCCUCUGUCUCCUGACACACGCAGCGCCGAGUCCAUCGCCCGCUAUUAUAACCUCGUCACCAUCGACAACAAGUCUUUCUUCGACAAUCUGCUCUCAGCGGAUAUCAGCGAAGUGUAUAAAGGAUGGCAGCAGGUCGGGAAGUCUAGGGAUAAGCAAGCUUGGGAGAUGACUCCAGCUACCGUCAAUGCAUACUACUCGCCGCCUGCAAAUGAGGCAAGUCUGCACCAUCCGUUCAUUUUAAGAAUUGUAUUCCCAGCUGGAAUCUUGCGCCCUCCAUUCUUUUCUCUGGAGUGGCCGUCUUAUCUUCAGUAUGGAGCCUUUGGGCAGGUCGCUGCCCAUGAGUUGUCGCACGCAUUUGAUUCCUCCGGACGUAUGUACAACCAAGAAGGAAAGCUCGAGGAGUGGUGGACGAACGCGACCAGUGCCGGCUUCCAGAAGAAGCUCGAUUGUAUCGUCACACAGUACUCUGCGUACACAAUCGACGAUGAGAACGGCAACAAGGUCCAUGUUAAUGGCAACCUGACAUCCGGAGAAAACAUCGGUGACUCAGGGAUCAUACAAGCGUUCCGGGCAUGGCAAGCGCAGUUCGACGCCUCAUUCAAAGAUGGCCACGAAUACUUGCUCCCUGCCCUGAAUUACACCAGAGAACAGCUCUUUUUCAUCGCGUUCGGCCAGAUCUGGGCAGAGAACAUCAAGCCUGCAUCUCUGGUUGCUCGGGUUCGUUCGGAUCCUCACUCGCCAAACCAGUUCCGCGUGGAUGGAACGCUUUCUAACGUCCCGGAGUUCGCCAAGGCUUUCAACUGUUCCGCCAAAGCCAAGCUGAACCCGCCCCGCGAGAAGCAGUGUCUCUUCUGGUAAAUCAUGCAGCCAGUGGAAGGACCGAAGAUCUUGCCUUCUUUAUUUUGAGAUGAUGUUUGUACGAUGAUGCCCGUUUGUUAUCUUGUUGUCGAAUCGGAAGAUAUUUAUGGAUUCGGACAUUGUGACGCUUCGAGCUUCACGCUGCAUAGUUUGUGAUAGAUCUUGUGAACCAACAUGGACAAUUGAAAC